AUCGAACUCAAUUGAGUUGAGUGAGAGUGUGACACCAUCAUCACACACGACAUUGAUCUGUGUACAUUAAUUGACCACGUACACAUAAAAAUCGGGGCCCACUUUAUAAGCCCAAUUUCCCAAAGUCCCCUGGAGUGUGAGCCAUGGCGCUUCGCUUCGCGGCAAGGAAAAUUGUAUCUUCAUCCGCGCCGGCGUUGCUACCGAGAUCGGCGGCCGCCGGCAGAAGACAGGCAUCGUCUUCAUCUUCAUCUUCACCGUCUUCUUCUCCCAAAGCCAGUAAGAAAGUCACGGACGAUCGUCUCGCUUCCGUGAUUGACGCCGUCAAUGACCGCAAACUCCCGCCGGAGCUCCGCGGACAGCGCAACAACGUCAGAUCAGAAACUGAUAUUGUAAAUGUGGUGGAGCAACGGGUGUGGCAUGCCAUGGAAGAAGGUCAAUUUGAAAACUUGCCCGGGAAGGGAAAACCUCUGGACCUCGAUACUAACCCCCAUGCUGACCCUGCUGAAGACACCUUAUACAGGAUUCUUAACAAAAAUGGAUGCGCUCCAGAAUGGGUUGAACUUAACAAAGAGAUAAGAAAUAGCAUUGCUGGCUGGCGCAUAGCACUUCGCAAAGCUUGGAUGUGUAAUGACGGACUCAAUGAUUCCGAAUGGCUCGAGACUUCAGAAGCAUUGAAACUCCAGCUCCGUGAUCUAAAUAACAAGGUGUUCCGUUACAACCUUAUUGUUCCAUUUGGCCGCCAAAUGUUCGGAUUCAAGUGGGAGAGAGAAAUAGAACGACUGAAGGAAGAAACUCAGAUUGAGAAUUGAUUUGGUAUUCCUUUUCUUUUUGUUAAUCAUCAUUUCACCAAUUGACAACUCUGUGCUUUAUACCAUGUAGUUUAUGUGACAUUCCUAUAGUUUACAUUCAGGCAAUGUGAAAUCAAUUUUGGGUA